AUGAAGUCAUUAAUUGAAAAAUUAGAUCAAAGAUGCAAUCAUUAUGAUAAAGAUCUUGAAGAUUAGGAUAUAUUUGCUAUUUUUAUUUCAAAUUAGCAGUCUCAUCUUAAUUUUAUACAAUAAACAAAAGUCCCCAAAUUUUAAUGUUAAAACACAAUUGAAAAAGGUGAAAUUGUCUUUCAAUGUUUUACAUGUUCAAAAAAUAUAUAAAAUAUGAUAUGUCAAGAAUGUUUUGAUUUUGAAAAACAUAAAGGUAUCAAACACAAUUUUAUUUAGGCCAUCAAUUUUUUCCAACUACCAUUUAAGGUAUAUGUGAUUGUGGUAAUACUGAUAUAUUUAAAGAAUGUCUUUGUAGUAUUCAUAAUUAAAAACAUUAAUCAGAAAUUAAUCAAAAUUAAAAAAUACCCUAAGAUUUAUGUUAAAAUAUUGAGUAAUUUAUUAGAGCUUUUGCAAUUUUGUUUGAAUAAUAUUCUAUAUAAAUUUCAAAGUAAAUACAUUAAUUUCCAACUACUUUGCUAGUACUUUAUGACUUUAGUUUGAAUUAAAAUUUAUCAAAACUAGAAAAGUUAAUUGUUUCAAAAUUUUAGAUAAGCAAUUACUAUGAACUUAUAUGCAAAACUAGAUUUUUAUUUGAAAUAUUUUAUCUUGGCAUAGAUUUUAUAAUUGAUAAUAAUCCAACUUUAUAAAAUUUUGUUUCUUAUUUAUUUCAAUUACCUUUUUAGCAAAACCCUUAAUAUUCAAUCUUAGAAUCCAUUUUACAAAAUUAUGGAUUUAUUGAACCCCUUUUAGAAUAUUUUGAAUUAAAUUUUAAUUUAUCAGGAUUAAUUUUAAAGCUUUUUAAAAAUUAGUUUAAACAAUCGUUUAUUUAAUUAUGUUUUAAGAAAUUUCAAUCUUUUACUUCUUAUGUUAAAAUCAUAGUCACUCCUAAUAGUGAUAUUAUUCAACAUUCAAUAAAAUAAAUCGAAAAUUUGAUGGGAGAUGAAGAAUAUAUCUCUGAUAAUGAUGGCAUUGUUUAAGGUUUAAUUAAAUAAACUGAAUAAUAUUUUCAAGCUUUAUAAACUUCAAAAUUAGUUAAUGUAGAUGUAAACAAUUGCGAACUUCUAGAGUAUCUUAGUUCGAUUUAAGAUAUAUCAAUUUUGAAUGAAUAUGUAUUUGGAAAUUAUACUUAUGAAUUAUUUAAAAUGAUUUAAAAACAAUAUUAAUAUCUUCAUACACCAAAUGAACAAUGGAUGAAUCCUCCAACAUAACCACUUGAAUUUAUGGAUACUUAAUUAUAAUAAAAAGAGUUAGGAGAACUUUGCAUGAUUCAAUUUUAAUAAAUAUUAGGAAAAGAUUUUAAUCUUUUUAUGAAUUAAAAUGUUAAUAAAAAAAUUUUAAAAAAUUAUCAAAUGAAUGAUCAUAUUAUUACAACUUUGAUAAAUAGUUUAAGUGAAGCUUUUCCAUCUGUAUAUUAAUCUUAUAAAGGAGAUUAUUCAUUUAGAGUGAUUGAUAAAGAGAAUAUGUUGGUUUAUAUUGAUUUUUAAGGAUAUGCUCUUGAUAUUAUAAACUUAACAAUAUAGAAUUUUUUUUCAUCAAAAUUAAGUACAAAAUAAUUUUAAACAAAUUUUAUUAAUUUAUUGAUAGUUAAAUGUUAUAAUUUUAUCAAACUUAAAAGAAACAUAUUUCCAUCAUUGGAUCAAGAGAUUAAAUAAUUUUAUGAUUAAUAAUUAAAUAAAAUGAAUUAAACAAAUGAUUAAAAGAGUUUUUUAUUAAAAUCAAUGUGUAUACAUCUUUUUAAAAAUGCAUCAUUAUUGGAUAAAAUGUUUAUCAUAUUUUUAUAUGUACAUUUUUGUUAAAAAGAAUAUAAAAAUCCUGCUGAUUUUAGAUCAUAUUUAUCAGAUUUAUUAGAAGAACCUAUAGAAAUUAUUAAAAAUAAUCUAUAAAAAAUUUUGUAAAGAUGCAUUUAAACUUUUACAACAAUUUACUAUACUGAAGAUCCAGACGUUAUCUAAGAUUAUUUUGGAAUUAGUUCAACCAAGAUUUGUUUUAAAUCUGAAUCAAUUGACACAGCAUUUGGUAAAUUGUAUCUUUUUCUAUUUGAUUCCAUAGGACUUUCAGAUAUUUAUUAAGCAUUUCAAGUUAUUUAGGUUCCAACAAUAGGAUAGACUUGUGAAAUAACUUAGUAUUUAUUAUUAUCUAAUUUAGUGAAUAUUUUAUGAGAAUGAUGACUUCAGAUUUAGAUGUAUUUAAUAUAUGCAUUACCUAUUUUGAAAAAGAUGAUAAUUUACCAAACAUUCUACAAUAGGCUUUACAGAAACUAAUAUAAAACAUUUUAGCUAGUUCUUCUUAUUAUUUAUAUUCUACAAUAAUGAUUAAAUUUUAAACAAUGGGAAUAUCAAUAUCAUCAAAUUUAGAAAAACACAUCUUAAAAUUUUGUUAUUUUGAUACUUCUGUGAAUAAAUUGACCUUAAAAAAAGAAUAUAAAUAGAUUUAUGAUCCUAAUUUAUUUAUUUUAGAUCAAGAACUUAGAUAAUUGUUAUUACAAUUACUAUAGAGUAAAUUGAUGACUUAAAGAGUGCUUACUUUUGGUAAUGGCCUUGAAUAUGACAUCUAAUAAUUUAAUUAACCAGAUUAUCAUUAUCUUAGAAAAAAUAUACUUUAAGUUAUGUGUUCUAUUCCUUCUAUAUUCUAAAGUUUUAAUUUGAUAAGUUAAGGGUUUAUUUAAACAUAAAUUUUCAUUUAAUUUAUUUACUAUUAACUUAUUUGUGCAAAUUACUUCUAUAAAAAUGAUCUUUAAAUUUAAACACAAAAUAUUUUAAAUUAAUUAUAAAACUUAAGAGACAAUCAAAAACUUUAGGAAUAUUAAGUUGAUUUUGAACUUUUAAUUUUAUUAAUGUAGAAAUAAUCAUUUAAUGGUGAUAUUCCUAAUCUUUCUCCUUCUAAUAUAUUUUUAUAAAAAGCUAAGGCAUCUAAAUCUCAUUAUAGACUCAAAUAUGAUAAAAUGAAAUCCUCAAAAUUUAUAUAGAACUUGAUGAAUUAGCAUUUGUUAAAUGAUGUAAAAUAAUAAAAAUGUGAUUUUUGUUAAUUAGAACUUCAAUCUAAUAAAGUUAUGUUAAUAUUCUUAUCAAAUAGAAUACCUGCAAAUAAUUAUUCAAUAAUACCAUAAAUAAUUGAAUAAGCAUCAAAUAAUUCAAUUUAUUCUCCAGCAAUCUCAAUUGAAAAUUGUAUUCAUAAAUAUCAUGAUAAUUGUUUUUAAUAGUUUUUCGGAGAUUUGUUCCAAAAAAAAUCUUCAAAUCUUCCAGAAUGGCAAAAAUACAAUUGUCCAAUAUGUUUAAAAUGCUUUAAUAUUUAAAUGCCUAUGGAUGAAAAUAUGAAUAAUUAAUAAUUACAAUCUUUUAAUCAAUAUUUAUUAUAAGUAGUCAAACAAUUACACAAGAAUUAAGCAAUUUACCAAUAAUAUCAAAAUAAUGAAUUAUUAAUUUUAGUAGAAAUAUACCUAGAGUUAAUUAUUAAUUUAAUUUAAAAUUUAUUUAUAAAUGUUAAAGAGUUUUAGCAAUUAGAUUAACAUUUAAUAUUGAAGCAAUUAAUAAAUUUUUUAAGUUUAACAAUAGAAAAUUAUAAAAUUUGUGGAUGGACACAUAAUUUAAAUUAUAAUUUUUAAUCUGGCAAGUCAAUUUUAAUAUUUUUAUUAAAUGCUAUAGAUAAACAUAUAAUUAAAGCAUAAAAUUCAGAUAUAUUAAAAGCUGAGAUAUUAAAAUUAGCAACCAAAUUUUAUCAUAAUUAUUCAUAAGAAAUGGAAAUAUUAUGUUAAUGCUUUGGAAUAUAAUUAAAUUUAAAAGAGGAAUCAAAAAAGAAUAAGGAUUAUUAAUUAUAAUUAAAGGAUGAAUUUGCUGAAUAUUAUAUGAAAUUGUAAAUCCAUAUAAGAAAUUAGAUAAUUAAUAUUUUGGGUCAAAAUUUUUAAUAAUUUCAUGAUAAAUACUUUUCAAAAUUAUGUCAUUAUUGUAAAUCAUAUAAUAAGCAAUUUUCUAAAAGUGAAGAUAUUCUCGUUUGUAUCUUAUGUUCAAAAGUAUUUUGCCUGAAAAAUUGCUCAAAUUAAGGAUAUGGUAAUUUAAAUAUGCAUGCAUAAUAGGAACACGAUUCAUAAUCAAUAUAUGUUAGUUUGAUAAACGGAAAAUUAACUUAUGUUUCAGUUCCUCAUUCAAAUUAUUCAUAAAGGAUAUUGUAUAUAAAUCAAAGGCAUGGAAAUCCAAUAAGAAAUGAAAGUUAUAAUCUUCUUAAUGAAAAUUGGAAAGAUUUUGUGAUCGACUAAAAUAAGGUUAAGGAAAUAGCUGAUAUUAUUAUUAAGAAUACUUUAUAAAUAGGAUUUACAAUGUUGCAAACUAAUAUUAGUUAUUUCCAUUAUUCAGGAGAAUUAUGA